CGCACACUUCCCUUCACAGCCAAGCAACCAUCGGUUCCCUCUUGAGUAAGUUUGGCCGGCCGCUUUUGGAAAAGCCAGUGCUCUGCUCUUCGAUCGCAAUGGCCUCCUCCAAUGCUCUGCUCCUGCUCUUGUCUGCCGCCUUCUGCUUCCUUGCCCGGCGAGCCGCCGCCGACUACGGCUCCUGGCAGAGCGCCCACGCCACGUUCUACGGCGGCGACGACGCGUCCGGCACGAUGGGGGGCGCGUGCGGGUACGGGAACCUGUACAGCACCGGGUACGGCACGAACACGGCGGCGCUGAGCACGGCGCUGUUCAACGACGGCGCGGCGUGCGGGUCGUGCUACGAGCUCAAGUGCGACAACGCCGGCCCGUCCUACUGCCGUCCCGGCAGCAUCACCAUCACGGCCACCAACCUCUGCCCGCCAAACUACGCGCUGCCCAACGACGACGGCGGCUGGUGCAACCCGCCGCGCGCGCACUUCGACAUGGCCGAGCCGGCAUACCUCCAGAUCGGCGUCUACCGCGCCGGCAUCGUCCCCGUCUCCUACAGGAGGGUGCCCUGCGUGAAGAAGGGCGGGAUCAGGUUCACCAUCAACGGCCACUCCUACUUCAACCUGGUGCUGGUGACCAACGUGGCCGGCGCCGGCGACGUGCAGUCCGUGUCCAUCAAGGGCUCAAGCACCGGCUGGCAGCCCAUGUCGCGCAAUUGGGGCCAGAACUGGCAGAGCAACUCCGACCUCGACGGCCAGAGCCUCUCCUUCAGGGUCACCCUCAGCGACGGCCGCACCCUAACCAGCGACGGCGUCGCGCCCGCCGGAUGGCAGUUCGGACAGACCUUCGAAGGAGGCCAGUUCUAGCCUUCUGUUCCAGUCCAGGGGGGGUUAUGAUCGAGGAGUUCUUGUCUGUGGAUGGAUUCAUGGAUUGCGUUUGGAGCUUGCGCAAGAGAAGGAAACCCUCUUCGUUAUAGUAAAGAAGAGGCCUCCGGCCAUUCCGAGGCUGCUUAAUUAUUUAGCACCCGCUUAGGCCUUUCCCUUCUCUCAUACUAGGACAGUAGCGAUAAAUAAGUUACAUAUGGAGUUCUUGAGCAUUUUCUGCAUUGUUUAGUGCCGUAGCCUUGCGUGAAGCAAAAAAUGGCAAGGCGAUUUAUUAAUUAUGGAUUUGUAGGGUGGUGUGUGUGCGUGUGUCUUGUAACCUUUUGUUGUUACGUUGUAAUCCCCGAAUCAGGCCACAUGUGUGGGAGAUGUUUGUGGGGGAUAAACUUGUUAUUUUUGGGACCAUGAACACUACAGUACUAGUUUAUGGUUUACGUAUA